AUGGCAUCGGGGGCAUUCUUCAACCCGCAAAAGGCGCUCCUCCUCGCCCCCUUCGUCUCAUCUACAUGCUCCCUCCUCUUCGCCUGGGACCAGAAUGCCUUCCUGAGCAUCUUCACCAGCCCAGAAGUCAGCGACCGCAUCAACCCCAUCCUCCCUAGCUACUGGCGCGUCUUCUUCCCCAGGGGCCUCACACAGGUCGUUUCCCUCCUGGGCGUAACGACGUGGACUUCCGUCGGGGCCGUCGUCUACUACAGGACGCUGCUGCAGAAGAAGGGCGCGUGGGCCUGGUAUGCGGCCACGGCGGCGCUGGCCGUCGGCCACUUGGUGUAUGCGCCGUUUGUGGCGCCGGCCAUCAAGUAUAUACUCGACGAUGAGGGAGGCAGGUCCAAGGAGAGAAAGCUCGCGGAGCCGGGGAACCGGAAUGUGGAUAUGCAGAAACAGUGGCUGUGGUAUAACAUGGUGAGACUUUUGACGACGGAUUUGGGCGCCUGGGUUUGCUGUGCUGUGGGUGUCAUGAAGACGUUUGAUGUGGUUGAGUAG